ACAGCUUUAGAUCCCUUAGGUGUCCUCCUCAUCUUACGCCUUUCCUGAUGUAGAUUCAGCAUGGCCUCUUUCUACUUUUCCAGCAACUCCCCCAUAUAUCUCUCGGCCGAGCGGGACUGGGACUGCGCCGUCAAGGCUGCGUCAAAACUCCCCAUCUGACCCCAGGAGUCCGAUUCAACAUUCAUCAUGGAGACUCUCGACCUCGUCGUCAUCGGAGCAGGAAUCUUUGGCCUUGCGACGGCAAAGAUGUUCCAGCAGCUGAAUCCCAACAAGACUUUGACCAUACUGGACUCCGGCUCAUCCAUCGGUGGUGUCUGGGGGAAGAGCCGGCUCUACCCAACCCUCAAGACCAACAACAUGCUGGGAAUGUUCGAAUACCCGGACUUCCCUAUGACCACUGAUGCCUUUGCUGUCCAGCCUGGCGAACACAUUUCAGGGGAGGUCAUGUACAGAUACCUCACCAGAUAUGCCGAGCAUUUCGGCAUUCUCGACAAGAUCCGCUACCGCACUGCAGUUCUCACCGCGGAGCAUCAUGACAGCUCAGAAGGAGGUUGGACCCUGACGGUUCAAAAUGACGGAACUCAGCACCGAAUAUUUGCGCGCAAGCUUGUUGUGGCCGCCGGCUUCACAUCGGAGCCAUUCUUACCCGGCAUCCAGGGCGAAGAGAUGUUUGGUGCACCCAUCUUCCACAGCAGGGAUCUUGUGAAGCACGCAGAUACCCAUGGCACAGCCAAGACGGUAACAGUGUUUGGCGGGACAAAAUCGGCCUGGGAUGCCGUAUACGCUUAUGCCUCCAAAGGCGUCAAGGUCCACUGGAUAAUUCGUGAAAGCGGCCACGGUCCAGUAUGGAUGGCGCCUCCCUAUGUCACUCCCUUGAAGAAAUGGUUGGAGAAGCUUGUCCACACACGCAUGCUAGCCUGGUUGAGCCCUUGCAUUUGGGGCGGGGUUGACGGGUACUCCGGAGUACGCUCCUUCUACCACAGAACCGCCAUCGGCCGCGCUGUCACCGACGCCUUCUGGUCGCUUUUGGGCCACGAUAUCCUCAGUUUGAACAAGUACGACUCACACCCGGAAACCAAGAAGCUCAAGCCGUGGAGCCACCCCAUGUUCACCGCAUCAUCUUUCUCCAUCCUGAAUUACCCCACCAGCAUUUUCGACCUGGUGCUCGACGGCACCGUCAGAGUGCACAUCGCCGACGUCACGGGCCUCUCCACGAUGACAGUGCACUUAUCCGAUGGUACACAACUUGAAACAGACCUACUCUGUUGUGCGACCGGGUGGAAACACGUUCCACCGGUGAGAUUCCUCCCCGAAGGCAUCGAGAAGGAGCUAGGAUUGCCUCACACUCCCUCCGAGAGCGACCUCUUUACCCCUGAAGAAGUGGCCAGGGCUGACGAGGAGAUCCUCUCCCGGUUUCCGCGCCUCAGAGACCAGCCCGUCCAGAACAAGAAGCUGAAGCCCAUCCUCGACACCAACGCACUCACCACCACCGACACCAUCAACCACUCCACCCCGCUCACGCCCUGGACUCUCUACCGCUUCAUGGUCCCGCCGUCCGCGCGCUGCCUCCAGACGCGCGACAUCGCAUUUGCCGGCGCCCUCCUCAAUUUCUCCACCUUCAUGGUCGCCCACGCCCAAGCGCUCUGGAUAACGGCCUACUUCAACGACCAGCUGCCUGCCUCCGUGGUGCCGCCCAUCAGACCGCCCCACUCGUUACAUUCACAAACAGCCACCGUCCCAACAACCGAAAGGGGAAGGAAAGCCGAGAUCAAGACCGAGAAGAUCAAGUCCCUGGCCGAGCUCCGCCGCGAAACGCUCCUGCACGCCCGUUUCGGCAGAUGGCGGUACCCGGCCGGCCACGGCGCACAGUUUCCCGACUUUGUGUUUGACGGCCUGCCGUAUCUGGACCUGUUGGUGCGGGACCUGGGGUUGAGGGUGCGUCGCAAGGGUGGGUGGCUGGCUGAGAUGGCGGAGCCGUAUGGCCCGGAGGAUUAUCGGAAUUUGGUGGAUGAGUUUGUUGCGCGUGUGGAGGGGGGGAGGAGAUUGCCUUAGGGUAGGGAUGGAGGGCUUGUUUAGCAUCUCGCAUUUGGGAUUUGUUAGGUGACGUUGGUUUCAGGGCUUUGGAUGGUAAUGGGCCGGAUUGUGUUGUGUGUUUGAUGGCUGAUGAUACCAUGAACGUUUUGUAGUGUUGAUUGAGUUUGGGGACAUGACUGGGUAUGGGUCUUGCGUUUGCU